AUGAAAAAGAUGGUUGUCAAGGAAGUCAUAGAUAUUUUGAAAAGCAGAAAUAGAGGACAAGCAGACAAAGAGGCAGCAUAUGAAAACCUUGUGAGUAACCUGAAGAAUGAAUCUGCAUUUGAAGAGCAGUUGCGGGCUCACAAGACUGAACUGCUGAGAGUGCUGAUUCAAGACAUACAAGAUGGGGAAGAAACUGUUACUCAUAACGCCUUGCAAGUUCUUCACUUUUGUCUUCAGAAUGGACGUUGUGAAAGCCUCUCCAAGUCAGAGUCAGAAUCUGCACUGAAAUCAUUAAUUCAGUGCGGUAGCAAAGCAUCCUCUGUCGACAUAAUUAAACAGAUUUUUGACUGCUUAUCUGUUGAGACUUUUCAUCAAGACGUUCUGAUAAAUGAGAUUUCCUCUCUGUUGGACUUUACUGAAGAAAUGAAUUCUAAAGCCAAAGCCAAAUCCGUCUCCAUUUUGGACAAAAUAGUCAACUUUUUUGUCAGAAUUGAGAAACAAAUCGGAAAGAGCCUCAAACCGUCUUCACCUCGCUGGGCACGACUUGUCUUCCCAGGACUUGUUAAUGUGUCACAAGAAGUCAGGGAAGAUUCUUUGACUCUUCUGGAGAAGUUCAGGGUUGAACUGAGCAAUGCACAAGAUUUGAGCAAGCAUGUCAUUAAGGCUAUCAGUGCUGGUCUUGCAAAAUCGUUGAAAGCGCUAAUGGCAACACAUGAAGCAUAUGUUUUAAGAGUUUGGCCUCUGAUUGUGCAGGUAGCUGGCAAGGAACUGCACAAAGGAUCUACCAUAAAUUCCCUGUUGGAGAUAAUAGAAAUGGGCUUUAAAAGUUCUCAGGCUGGAAGGGAGAGUGCAUUUAUUGCUUGGAGAAGUCUUAUUGAUAAUUUUGCAUUGGAUAAAGCGCUGAUUUCUGACCCGAAACGUAUAAAGUUACUGCUAAUGGUUCUCAAGGUAGAUAAUGCAAAAGUUGAGUCUGUAGCUGUGGAGAAGUUGCGCACUUGGUGGCACUUCUGCGCAUGUUUGGGAUCAAAACUGGCGGUCAAUUUUGAAAUGAUAGUGCACCCAUUGCUUUACUUUUGUGUUGGCAAUGAUAAGCUCCAGCCUGGGGCUGACUUGGGUCAAACUCCAAGAUUGGCUUUGAAAACUUCAACAACUAACUCACCCUUAGGGCUUCACCAGUCGUCACCAAAAGUGAAAAGUAAUCAACCCAUAUUUUCAGAAGUACAAAAAUUAGGAAUUGAAAUUAUUGGUCACCUUGUUUCAAAAGUGGGGAAGUCUGAUGAUGUGGGCAAGGUUAUAUGGACACUUGCACCUUUGAGUGAUGAAGUCCUAGGAAGUCCUGGUAUGUUUGUGAAACAGGCCCCAAUCAUCAUGGCAGCCCUCCAUAAACUGUUAACAAAUGUUGGAAAUCAAAUUGAAGAAAACCUGGUCAUUUACAUAUGGACAAGUGUGGGGAAUCAUCUCAAAGCUGCUGUGGAUAGCUCAGUGAAAACCGAAUGUAGAGAUAUCUUUAGCACUUAUCUGAGCAUCCUACAUUUUGUGGUGCAAAAUCAACUGUUGGAGCCACAGACCAUUUUGAAAAUGAUUCAGAUCUGUUGCAGCUUUCCACAAAAAGUGCUGGCGUCUACAGCUUAUAACAUCACUGGAGGACAGACUGUUCGUGGCUGCCCAGCACAACUUCUCAGUGAACUUCUGUUGUCUGGUAACAUGGUUAAACAUGCUGGUGCUCAGGAAAACUUUAUGAAGUUGUUUUCCACACUGGUGAAUGCUGGAGCCAGCAAUUUGCCAGGGGCACUGCUGUUUUUGCAGAGUGUUGCAGAAAUGUUGGAUUCACAGGCAUCAUCCUUGCCAUCUGCUGAAUGUCUGUGGAGGUUAUGGAGCACCCUGGCACACACACUUCAAGACACAAUCAACACUACUAAUGAAGUGAAUCAAGGAGACGCGCUGGAGUACAGCUUUGGCUGCAUGCAUACAGUAUUGCUUCUGCCAAUUAAACAACAGCUCUUAAGUAAAAUAUCCCAGGUGGUUUGCAAAGCUCUUCUGAAGACAUGGAAAGAACUGUAUCACACUUUUGCCCGCUUAUCUGCCCUUGUUUCAACAGCUGAAGCCAAUACAUGUUUGGAAGAAAUGUGUGCAAAAAUAAUACAGAAUUGGUGCCCAGAGUUCAAGGAGGCGGUAACCUUGGAGUUUCUGUCAAAUGUCUGCCAGAAAAUGAUUGAAUGUGUGGAUUUCUCUGCUGCCUCAGUCAACCAAAGUCCAGGCAGUGGUUUAACCUUGAGCCCAGGCAAAUGGCUGCGAAAGCGGCAGCGGCCAUUGGGAAAUUUUCACUCCUUUGUACACCUGCUGGCAAUGCUGCAAACAGAAUGGAAUUCAGUUUUUUCAGAAAUGGACAACACAGACUUUCUCAAGACACAAACGAGUGCCGGUGCUGUGACCCUGGUGGCUCAUACUCUCGUUGAUGUGUACACAAAGCUGUUCACACACAUCUCCUCCACAAGUGUUAUUUCCAGUUGUCUGGCGAUUCUUGCAAGCCCCCUGGCAAGACUGUAUCAGCCAAACACAAAAUUAAACAGUGUGAAAUUGUUUGUUCCUUCAUUUGUCACUAAGCUUGAAAAAUUAUGGCAGGAGAUUGCUCAGUGCAUUACUGGACGUUACAAUGGUCCUUACGAUUCAGAGUUCUUAAACAACUUAUCCCCACUGUUGGAGGCGACACUUGAACACUCCCGUCGGAACAUCAGAAACCAAAGUCUUACCUUAUGGAACACCACGUUUGGCCGUAUGACUGGUCUUGAAUAUCCAAGCAGCUUAAAGAACACAGUAAUGAAGGUCAAAGAGACAAGGAAUAUUAUUCUACCAGGGUGUUUUUCAAAUGAUGAAGCUGUUGUUGCUGAAACUACGAUGUUACAAACUUAUUCACAGCUACCAGUUCCAGUUCUUCCCCUGUUGGCAUCCCCUAAACGGCCGAAGGGAAGUCUUCUACACUUAUCCCCAGGAAGACCACUCUCACCCAAACCUAGAGCAUCUCCUGCUAAAGUUAUCAGCCCAAAGGAAGUUCGCAAAUUAUUCUCCGGAACUCAGAAAAGAAUUGACCUGGAAUUAUUCCCCAAAGAAGUAAGCAUAACUUUAUGUCAUGAACCCAUGGGAAUUCCUAAAGAAGCAAGUAUAACCUUAUGUCAUGAGCCGAUGAGAAUUCCCAAAGAAGUAAGUAUAACCUUAUGUCAUGAGCCCAUAGGAAUUCCCACAGAAGCUACUGAGGGAUUUUUAAU